CCACCGUCUCUUGCUUCCAAUAACAAAAGCAUUGAGUUCACCUGCUGGUGGUGUGCAACCUCAGGCAAUUCUUUGCUUUGAGUCAUCCAUCGGGGAUGCUGGACACACAGCCAGCCUCAGGAUGCAAAACACUGCAGUGUUUGUCUCCAGCACACACUGAUGGUGCAAUCCAUCCUGCUUUCACUUAAGUCCUGAGAGCCACAAAGAUGUCUUCUAUUGGUGGGGGAGGCUCUUCUAAGCAUAACUGGGAAGGAGAGGUCGUGGGGAGCACGAUGGAGGUUGUUGUGCAGUGAUGUGGGAAGGCUGCUGUGGGCAACUUGUGCCACUGACUCACUGCUCCAUGUUUCAGGUAACUCCAAAGGCUGGAAGAUGCUGGAUAAGGCCACCCUGUUCCUGUUCCUGCAUUUAGUUGCAAGCUCCAUCUCCUUUCCUCUCUACCCAGCUCUCAGGUACAGCCCAGGACCUGUUACUGGCAAGUCUGUGAACUUCCAUCUCCUGGACCACAGCCUGCUGCAGAGCCACAGUCCUUCAGCAGAGGAACAGGAUGAGGAGGGUUUGUUAACAGACCCCGCUGAGAAAAGGAUGCGGCGCCAUGCUGAUGCCAUAUUCACCGACAACUACCGCAAAUUCCUGGGGCAGAUUUCUGCCCGCAAAUUCUUACAGACCAUCAUUGGCAAGCGACUCAGAAACAGUGAGAGCAGUCCAGAAGAAGGGGUGCAUGAGCUCCUGACAAGGCGCCAGACAGACAGCAUCCUGAUGGACAGCCGCUACCACCAGCAGAUGGUACUGAGGGACUUCUUGGGAGCCAUGCUGCAGCAUCAAAGGCCUCAGGAUGUGACCAACAGUCGGUUAGAGGGGUUUCCCAGCACCCUGGCUAAGUUCAUGUAAAUAUUUUUCCCUUUUUCGUCUCCCCAUGCUCUGGUGAGUACCAUCCCCUGUGCAAUUCUGUAAGCACAGCACCCAGCACGUGGCUGGAAGGUUCUGCCUUGGCAAAGUCAGCUGCCACUGCUGUUCACAAAGGACAGAGCAUCUGUUGCAAUUUCAGGGGAAAAAACUCCCAAUGAGUUUUGUUAAAUAUCAAAAGAGCCAUUAGUCUGAACAGACACCAUGAGUGCUGUGAAGACCUAGGCACAUGUUUCCCCAGAAUGCCGCCUGGUCUGACUGCUCCAGCACUAACCCACAGGCACAGCUCUUACUGCAGAUCUAUCAGCAAACCCAGCAGAACUCCAGUGCCCACUGGUGCAGCUGGGAACAGGCUCACAGCAGCCAUAAGCAACCUCAUAAAGCUGAGGCAUUGAGAAUCAAAGCCAGGGUAGAAGCAAACAAAAUUCUCCCAGGGAGCAGAACCUACCUUUAGAUGUCCAUUCCCUCUCGGUGCACUGAAUGGGAAAUGAAACCUCACAAUGUUCUGUGCUCCCCAGUCCUAAAAUUAGUCAGCUGAAACUCGAAAUAUGCUCUAAACCUUGACAGCCUUGUGGGACUGAGUGUCCCCAGAUAGGCCAUUGCUGCUAUCACCUUCAUUCACACAAACGUGUUCUCCUUUAUGCAGCAAUCCCAUCUUAUUCCUCUGUCUCAGAAAUUAAGCCUGCCUCACCAUAGUCAGCAUAUGAAACAGUGUGAAGAGAGCUGUGCAAAUAUUAUGCAGAGCAGGGCUGUGGGUAGCAGGGAAAGAUCAGAAUGGUACAAAAGAAAUGAUGCCUAUGGAUACAGGUGGAAAGCAUGACAUUGUGGCAUCUUGCUUACCAUGCCUGUGUUGGUGGUUCUUCCCACAAGUAACAUGAGCCAAAAAAAUACUCAAAAAAGGGGGAAAAAAAAGUCUGCAUGUGUUCAAUAGCUUUUUCUUAAUUCUCUUUACCUCCUGCUUCUGUCCAGAAUGAUUCAGAGCUCGUGGAUCUAACUGUACAGUAAGCCAUUCACAGCAAUGAAGACAUUCCUGGAGGUGACCAGCUGGAGACUGAUGCAUACACUCCUCAAAUCUGCUGAAAGGAAUGCAGUUCUGAUGCACUACUUCAUUUACUUCAGUCUUUACUAUUUAAUUCCCCUCUCUAAACACUGGUUUGUGUAGUGAAUCAGAAAAAAACCCACCAAACCUCUGUGGUUUAACCUCAGGCUGCUAAAAUAACCAGCACACUUGUAAUCCUGGAGACGUUAAUGACUAAUUAAAGUUUUCAGAUCAUGAAGUGUAGCAAAAUUUCUGCCAAAUCAUCAGUCUGUUUGAGGGCCCAAUUAAUAUACACAAGGCCACCAAAAAGCACCUUUGGGCAAUUCAGUGAACUGAUUACAGCCUCCUCUAAACAGAUGCUGAUGGCACAACCACCCACAGUUCAGCACAGGGUGAGGUCAGACAUGAAUCCACACGUUUGCCACCCAUCACAAAAUCUGCUGUGGGCUGUUGGCUCCUUGAUUGAGCCUUGGCAGCAAAACUGAGCAUACAAAGCUCGUUAUAAGCAGUUACUGAUCAGCCUCAAGGUGUUUAAACCAAAGCUACAGCUUUGCUCUGCAAGAGUUAAGAGAUCUUUAUGCAUCAGAUUGGGCUGACACUGUUUUAAUUCCAUGUGCCAUGGAGUAGCUCUGAACUCCACCAUGGCUAUAGGGUUACAGCAGUAAUGUUUGCACUAUCACAAGUUAUUAGGACAGUAAUCUCUCACACAGCGACUUCCUUCCCUGUCACCUGAAUUCUACUGUUUGUGUAAUAUUUACGUCUUCUGAAAUGUAAAUAAUGUCAGGAUGGGGUCUGCACCCCCAUCAUUAGCAGGGAAUAAAAGUUGUUCUAAAUAAACCUGUUCAACAGCAGGUCAAGAUGGCUCUUUGUCUGUUGAAACACUAACUUUUUGAUUCUGGGCACACAAUGGAAGAUAGCACUCAAGGAGAGCUGGCAGGAGCACUGAAUACAGCUCAGAACUGUGCUCACAGAGGAUCAGUGCCAACCACUCAGGACCAGGCUGGAAAUACACCUGCACACAAACACACAGGGGCCUCUUAAAGCAUCCUCCUUGCACCAGAACAAUUCCUUG